CUCAGUCCAAGUAUCGCGAGAUGUCGCGCCGUUGCGCUGGUGAAACAGCGGGUUAAGGGUUACAAGCCAUCACGGUUCGUCACUGGGACAUUGAAUUGUAACACUGCGUUUUUAAACCUUAAGGCGCCUUCGCUACAAUAUAACCCAUCAUCGGCUGUGUACUGCUCCCUCUGACGCAGCUGCAAUGGCAGAACUGAGGCACCGAGGCCCGCAGGAGAGUGAGGUACGGCGACAAGCCGAUGACAAGGGCUCAGAGUCCGAAAUGAAGACCGAUGGCGAGGCGGCCUCUGACAGCGAGACAAAGCCUGAUUCGGGGAUCCCCGAAGUGCCCCCUGCAGACGACACCCCCGAAGUCCUCAACAAAGCCCUCGCCAGGCUCUCUUCAAGAUGGAGGAACUGGUGGGUGCGUGGCAUCCUCACUCUGGCCAUGAUCGCUUUCUUCUUCAUCAUCAUCUAUCUUGGGCCCAUGGUCUUAAUGAUGAUCGUGCUCUGCGUGCAGAUCAAGUGUUUCCAAGAGAUCAUCACCAUUGGCUACAGCGUCUAUCACUCGUAUCACCUGCCCUGGUUCCGAACACUCAGCUGGUACUUUCUGCUGUGUGUGAAUUAUUUCUUCUAUGGUGAAACUGUGACAGACUACUUCUUCACACUGGUGCAGCGCGAGGAGCCCCUGAGAAUCCUCAGCAAAUACCAUCGCUUCAUCUCUUUUGCCAUGUACUUGACAGGAUUUUGCAUGUUUGUCUUGAGUCUGGUCAAGAAGCACUACCGCUUGCAGUUCUACAUGUUUGGCUGGACUCACGUGACGUUGCUGAUCGUCGUCACCCAGUCUCACCUCAUCAUCCACAAUCUCUUUGAAGGCAUGAUCUGGUUUAUUGUUCCCAUCUCCUGUGUGAUCUGUAAUGACAUCAUGGCAUACAUGUUCGGCUUCUUCUUUGGGCGAACUCCGCUCAUUAAGCUGUCUCCAAAGAAGACCUGGGAAGGGUUCAUAGGAGGGUUUUUCGCCACUGUCGUGUUUGGACUUCUGCUCUCCUAUGUAAUGGCAGGGUACCAAUACUUUGUGUGUCCUGUGGAAUUCAACAAUGACUCCAACAGAUUCACAGUGGACUGUGAGCCCUCGGAGCUCUUCCAGCUGCAGGACUACAGCCUUCCUGCUGUCCUGCAGUCCCUCACCGGCUGGAAAACCAUGCGCAUGUACCCCUUCCAGAUCCAUAGCAUCGCACUGUCUGCAUUUGCUUCACUCAUGGGUCCAUUCGGUGGAUUCUUUGCCAGCGGCUUCAAAAGAGCCUUCAAGAUUAAGGAUUUUGCCAACACUAUCCCAGGGCAUGGUGGGAUCAUGGACCGCUUUGACUGCCAGUACCUCAUGGCUACCUUCGUCAAUGUCUACAUUGCCAGUUUUAUCAGGGGUCCAAACCCGAGCAAGGUGAUGCAGCAGCUCCUGGCCCUGCGACUAGACCAGCAACUGCACAUCUUCAACUCCCUCAAAGCCCACCUGCUGGAAAAGGGGCUGCUCUCAGCCAAUGAGGAGGCAGCUUAGGGGGUUCGUCAGCCAAUGAUGAGACAGAAGCAGAAUGACCUAACGGGGAGAGGCGGGGGGUUUUGGGAAGUGAGAAAAGAACAGCCCUUACCAGAGACAGACUCAAUACCUGGACAAUUCCACUCUGUGUGUUUUGAUGUUAGUGUCCAUUUAGUGCGCAACUGUUUUUUUAAUUAAAUAUUCUUUUAAUUUAAUACUGCAAUUAUAUUAAAAACACAGUGCUGUCUAUAUUUUUUUGUUGGUUAUUUAAAUAGUCCCAGUUAUAUACAGAACAGAGUAUACUGUACAUACUAUAUAUGUGAAUAUUUUUAUGGUACUUAUUUUUAGUGGGUUUUAAAUGCACUGUACAAUCAUGUUUACACUGUAAUUACAGACUUUUGGUGUUUUUUUGUUUAGUUACAUUUUUAUUCUGGUGGUGGAGUUGGAAAAUAGUUUGAGCAAUAUAUCAACCAAACGAUUAAUAUGUGUUUAUGUUAAAGAUAAAUUGAAUCAAAUCUUAAGUGUUUGCUGUGUUUGUAUUUGUUUUCAUGCAGAAAUGUGUAUUUCACUUUUUAAUUUCUAUUUCCUGUUUUUAUUUUUUCGUGUGAAAUUGCUGUUUUUCUUUUUAUUCAGAAAUGGCAACUGCUUUCCUCUAAUGCUUUGGAGGUUCAGGAAAGUGGGAAGUUGCUAAUAUGUACAAGGAAAUCGCUGUACAUUUUUCCUUUGAUGAAAACCCACGCAGAAGUUGUCAUCUGUUCUCCGGUAUAAUUUAGACCUGGGCUUCUCAACCUAUUUCAGUGACUAUUCCAGCAUUUUGCUACAAACAGUUCAGCGUCAAUAUCGACGUUAAAGACCUGGUUCUAUCAAAACUCUGGAGUGGAGUGGAUUGGAAGAGCUGUUAAUUCAAUAGGCCUAGUUUAGACAGGGGUAGAAACCAGAUCUGUUCCCCUUUCCUGAACCUGGAGCUUAUUAUGUAGCAGUAUAAUGUCACAUUUGUGAAAGGACUCAAAAUUAAAUACACUGGGUAAUGUUUA